AUGAGGUGCUGUGCCCCAGCCUGGGGUCUCCUCAGCGUCUCAGGCAGGAACAUCUGGGACCUGGCAGAGCUGGCCCCACCAGCACAGAAAGACGCAGGUCCCACCCCCGCCCCGGACCCCAGCACCCGCCACACCCCCUCCAGUAAAACCAACCGGGCAGAACCCAACAGGCCCAGCGGUGACACCCUGGACAAUGCCUCCCAGGGAUGGGGGCCGGGAGAUGGGGGGCAGGAGACUGUCCCUGACCUGGCAAUCGGGGCUGGAGAGGGUCGCGGGGGACCUGCCCUCCCCACCCGGCGCUGCCGCUCCCCGCGGGGCUCCGGAACACAGUGCCCGAUUCCGGGGAGAACGUGCGAUAAGAACCCAGAGUGCAGCCCCCCGAGCGCGCUGAGGGACCAUUUCCUUCCGCCGGAGGGUGGGGGGCAGCGCUCCCUCGAGACCCCCGAUCGCCCUCGCGCAGUGUGGGGGGGGGGGCCUGAGGUCUCCGAGGGGGGUCGCCGAGGAAACCCCCCCAACUCCGACCCGCUACGGCGGCCUCGUCGGUCCCGAACCCCCACCCCCGUCCCUGCCGAACUUUGGAGACCCCCUCGCCGGCUUCCCGGGCGCACUGCGCCCACCCAGGGCCGGAACCCGCGGCUUAAGAGGCCGGCCUCCCCCCCCACCCCCCCGCCUCACCGCGCAGGGCCCGCUCGGGGGGCGCAUGCCCUGCGCCUGGCGUCCAGCCCUGCCCCGGCCGCGCCUGGCCUCCGGCCCCGGGCCGCGAGCUGUGCGCUGCUGGCUCCCGGCCGCCGCCGGGUUUGUGCCGCGCGCCGACUCACCGAGCCGCCAGCCGAGUCCGCGUCUACACCCCCAUCCGACCCGAUUGGUCGUUCGCCCCCUCUGUGGACAAGCACACAGGGACUCUGUAGAGGUUGCUCCUUGUCUCUGCUGUGGCCCAGUCCCCAGGGCAGAGCCUGGCACCCGGGGAGGGGCUCUGCAGACAAGAUCCGGCCGAGCAGGCUCCGGAGGACUCUCCUGGAUCUCCCUCUCAACCCCUGGACUGCGCGUGUUUUUCUGAGCUCGCUGGCGUCCGCGACGACUCCCCACUGAGUGGUGUUCCUGGGGCGGGCCAAACCCUUUGCCCACCUGCUCACCGGCUGGAGGACCCAUGAGCUGUUCCCGCGGCGGUGACCUCAGGUAAAGCUGCUGUGGGAACAUGUGAAGGGGUUUUGUGUAAAGGGACUUUUCAUUUCUCCGACACGAAGGCCCCAGAACCCCUUCUUUACCUUAUUU